AUGUACGCACUGCGUACCUACUGCGUACCUAUUUUGUUAUUAUUUGAUUUGGCAUGCUCCUCAACUACUUUAUGAAAGAAAUCAUUAGCCUCCCGAUAUACGCAACGAAAAUCACUUUUUAGGCAUAAUUUUAGCGUACAUGUGACAGCCUAAUCUGAUUUUUUAUUUUCAGGGCCAGAAAAGGAAGUGGUUUCAAUAUACAAUGAUGACUUCACUACCCCACCAAGCAGACCUCCAUAUUUCAUUGAAGUGUAUCGUUGUGUUAAAGUUGAGCUUGGCGGAUGCUUUAAUGGUCCUAAUGCCUAUCCCGUGCCAAAGAAAGUGGAAGAAAUUGAGAUAUUGGUUCCGGACAUAACAAACAAAGUUCGGGAUCCUAGUAGUAAAAAGAAUUUUUAUAAAUAUGUGGUUUAUAAUCACACCGCUUGUACAUGUGGGAGAUUAGAAUACAGGACCAGAAAAUUGUAUAAAACCAUAACUAAUAACGAAGGUUAGUCAAACUUACCAUAUGUCUUGUCAUUAAAUUUUUUUAGAAAAUAUAGUUCUUUUAUAGUUUCAUAGUUUUAAUUAGGUUGAUGGCAAUAUGAUUAGGGGAACAUUUGAACUCUCCUCUCAACAUGCUACGCUGAUUUUCAAGGUUAGGUAGCUAUAUUGUCACUCGAUGGGCAACAAAAUUGCCAAGCGGAAAACGCGUUUUAGGCAGUUGGGGUUUGUUCUGUCGUGUACUUCCAUGGGUUUUCUCCUGGAUCCCUGCCCCGGUUUCCCCUUAACUUAAAAGUAACCAUUCCACGGCACCUUAGCUGUAGUAAAUGUGAGCAACUCGAGACGCAUAAUCAGUCAGCCUUUGGCUCAGAUUGCGUUUUAUUGUUGCACCUUUCGUAAUUCAGUUCUCAGCUGCAAGAAAACGUGAUUAUAAAACUGUAACUUUAGUUUAUGUGGAUUUGUUUUUUUCAGUUUCAGAAGCAUAUUUCAAUAUAGGAUAUUCGAAAAAUCCAGUCAAUCUGCUACGUGUGUGUGACGUGUGCAACAAUCCUCAACCAAGAUACCAACUCGCGAUCACGCAAUGGCAUAUAUACGUUAUUCCACCACAUAAAUAUCUGGGGUACCAACUGUGUUUGCCUGGCUGCAUAGUGAUAAAGAAUUCCUCAUCUAAAGUGAAAAUUUGGUUGAUGUCCGAUAAAGUGAAACUGGUCACGCUAACGAAUGAUAUUUCGUGCAAGGCUUAUGAUGGUCCCUUUUCGUCGGUACAAUAUGGGGCAUCAAACUUCUCACUUGCAAGGGUCAAGAGGGACCCUUUUUCAAGAAGUAAGAAAUAG